AUGAGAGAGGAGCAGCAGCAGCUGGAAUUCCAGGUGACAGGGCAAGCAGCCUCCAGGAGAGGAAAGCUGAAGAAGCCAAGAGCCCAUCAGCAUCAGGACACCAUGGGUGCUCCAGUAGCCUGUCCAGCCACCCUUCCGGGCAGGCGGGAUGAUCAGCGCAUUGAGGUGAAGGACAAGGUGGAGGAAGGAGAGCUUUCCCGAGCUUCUCUGCUCUGCAUCCGAACCGGUUUGCGGGGAGCGGGGCGCGGGGCGCAAAAGGUUGAGUUUCAGAGUCGCCAGUUCCUGCAUUUCGGAGGUCCAAAUCCAGUUCCAUAUCCGCUGUCCCACUGCCACUCUCCAGCCCUUCCCAACAGCACCAGGGAACCAGGAGAGCACAACACAUCAACAGGCACCCAGCCAGGUGUCCACCAUUGCCCUCAGGCUCCUGGGGGUGAGGGUGGGGGCUGCCUUGACCAAGAAAAAACACCGAAGCAGAAGAGGCAGAGGCGCCGAUGUUCAUCCCUGGCCCAAAGGAACAUCGUGGGCUGCAGAAUUUCUCACGAGUGGAAGGAAGGGGAUGGGCCCAUCACCCAUUGGAGAGGAACUGUUCUAGAUCAGGUUCCUAUAAAUCCCCCUCUCUAUCUGGUGAAAUACGAUGGAAUAGACUGCGUCUAUGGAUUGGAACUUCGCCAAGAUGAAAGAGUGUUGUCCCUUAAAGUGCUCUAUGAUGCAGUAAAACCAUCCCCAGUCCCUGAUCCCAACCUUGCUGAUACCAUAAUUGGCAAAGCGGUGGAGCACUUAUUUGAUGGUGAGCAUGGCUCAAAAGAUAAAUGGAGGGGCAUGGUUCUAGCCCAAGCUCCUACCCUUAAUGCCUGGUUUUACAUUACCUAUGCAAAUGAUCCCAUCUUAUACAUGUACCAGUUUCUGGAUGAUUAUAAAGAGGGCAACCUUCGUAUCCUGCCAGAGUACAAUGAGAUUCCUCGACCAGAUGUAGACCUGAAAUUUAAGGAUGGUCUGAUAGGCAAGAUUGUAGAAUAUACCCAAGACGAUGGUUCCAGGGCGGGUAAGGUGAUUGGCAAAGUAGAAGCCAAACCAUCGGUGUACAUCAUCAAAUUUGACGAUGAUUUUCAUAUCCAUGUCUAUGACUUAGUGAAAUAUGUCUAA